CGAACUCGUCAAGCUCGUUUUCGCUGAGCGUCGGCAGCGACAUUUUGUUGAACUUGUUCAGUUGAAAUGCGAACUUGGCGAGCGUAAGACGCCAGCGUCGGUAUAUAUUUGAUAGAAUCCACAAUACACGAUCAACGCCUCAAAAUCUGAUUCCCAACUAGUUGUUGUUGGCAUAAUCAAAUUAACACCCACAUGCCUAUGAGACAUUUGCCAUAACUACGCCACUUUGCCAGCUGUGAUUUGCAUAAUUGACGCUAAUCGAGAAUUCGCCUCGUGGCCCUUGUGGCACAAUAGAGAACUGAGAACUCAUGCUGUCAGCUUUCGUUUAUGUGUUUUGUUGUUAUCUGUGAUUGAAUUGUGCCAAAAUUUAAACAAAUUGUUAAAGUGUGAAAUACAUAUAUAUAUCUACACACAUACAUAUAAAUACAUACAUACAAAUCAUGAUCACCAUGAACGAGCUCGUCGAUCUGCGUAUGCAACAGCAUAUUGCGCACGAGAUCUACCGCCAUCAGAUAAUGCAACGCAUACCAGAUCCAUUUCCACCGAUGCUGCCCAUUCCGAUGCCACGUCACGUGAUAAUGCCACCCCGUGUCGCGUUGCCCGGCGUGGAGAUGACUCUGCAAAAUGACGAGCUCUGGAAGCAAUUCCAUCAGAUUGGCACAGAAAUGAUCAUCACAAAGAGCGGCAGACGCAUGUUUCCCUCGAUGCGCUUGAGCGUUUCAGGCCUGGAGGACGAGACAAACUAUUGCGUCCUGCUGGAAAUGGUGCCCAUUGGCGACUGCCGCUACAAAUUCUCCGGCUCGCAAUGGGUGCCAGCUGGUGGCGCCGAGCCGCAGAGUCCACAGCGCAUGUACCUCCAUCCGGACAGUCCAGCAACAGGCGCACACUGGCAGGCCCAGCCCAUACUCUUCAAUAAGGUGAAGCUGACUAACAACACGCUGGACAAUAGCGGGCAUAUUGUGCUGGCCAGCAUGCACAAGUAUCAGCCCCGUUUGCAUGUCAUACGCACCGCUGAUCUGGCGCAGAUACCCUGGGCGCCGCAGCAGGCUUUUGUGUUUGCCGAGACGGAGUUUGUGGCAGUGACAGCGUACCAGAAUGAUCGCAUCACGAAGCUAAAAAUCGACAACAAUCCGUUUGCGAAGGGCUUCCGCGAAACGGGACAAUCGCGCUGCAAACGCAAAAUGUCUUCAUCGCCAACCGAUGACGAUCAAGAUCUGCCCCAGACGCAUUUGCAGUCCCCUGGCUCGCUUGACAUGUCGCCAGGCAAAUCCACAUCGACAGCAGCAGAAGCAGCAGCAACAACCUCGAACAACAGCGAACAGGAUGGGCCGCAAAUUAAGCGCCUGAGAUCAAAUGGUUCCGCCUGUUCGUUAUCGUCAUCACUGGAUGGAGCUGAGCCUGUGCCUGUAGCUGUGCCUGGGCCUGGGCCUGGCGCCAUCUCAAUGGGUUCGCCCCCCGGCGCCACCACAUUCAUGCAGCACUUUCAGCAGAACAUGCAGACGCUACUGCGACCCUCGCUGGUCGACCUGGCCUGCACCUACUUUGGCCGUCCCGCACAUGAGUACAAUGGAGCGACGCCGCCGUCGCAUUUGUAUCCGCCAGCGUCCAUUUUGCAAGCCGCACUGCCACCACUUCCGGCGCUUGCCCUGCCGCACAACAUUUCCGUUCAGCAAACCGAUGAAACGACAACUGAUGAAGCGGAGCUAGAUGUUGGCAGCGAGACGACGACAGCAACAUCACAUUCACCCCCGGAGCAGCACCCGGCGCCCGAGGUGCCCGCCAAGCGCAAAGGCUUCAGCAUAUCAGCCAUCCUGGGCGGCGGCAGCUAGUUGCCACAGAUACUCAAGACUCUGCAGCUAAUGCCUUUGAUAUUAAAGAUUGUAAUAUUUAAGCUGAAUUUCGCCUGAUUAAUAAAUAAGCUAGCAUUAAGUUUGCGUAAAUAAACGUCUAUAUGAAUAUAAAA